CCAGUCGCCCACAGUACGCCGCACGCAGUCCUCGCAGCUGGGUCGUGGGUGUAGUCGCGUAGCCAGGGGGAGUUAUUAGCGUUUAGCCGGACUAUUCUUCAGCCAUCAUGAAGCGGUUGUGGAUACUGGGGCUGCUUUGCGCUCUUCUGGCAUUCACGUCGGUCAGAGCAGAGGACGAGCCCGACAUUGAUGGGACGGUGGAUGAAGACCUGGGCAAAAGCAGAGACGGGUCCCGAACGGAUGAUGAAAUUGUCCAGAGGGAAGAGGAAGCCAUCCAACUGGACGGCCUGAAUGCGGCUCAGAUAAAGGAGAUCCGGGAGAAAUCGGAAAAGCACGCCUUCCAAGCUGAAGUGAACAGAAUGAUGAAGCUGAUCAUCAACUCUCUGUAUAAGAACAAAGAGAUCUUCCUGAGGGAACUGAUCUCCAACGCUUCCGACGCCCUGGAUAAGAUCCGGUUGCUUUCUCUAACCAAUGACGACGCGCUUGCUGGUAACGAGGAGCUGACUGUUAAAAUCAAGGCCGACAAGGAGAAGAACAUGCUCCACAUUACUGACACCGGCGUCGGCAUGACCAAAGACGACCUGGUAAAGAACCUAGGCACCAUCGCGAAGUCCGGCACCAGCGAGUUCCUCAGCAAGAUGACGGAUAUGCAGACGGAGGGGCAGUCCACCACCGAGCUGAUUGGCCAGUUCGGCGUGGGCUUCUAUUCCUCCUUCCUGGUGGCCGACAAGGUCAUCGUGGCGUCCAAGCACAACAACGGCACCCAGCACAUCUGGGAGUCCGACUCCAACCAGUUCUCUGUCAUCGAGGACCCCCGUGGGGAUACCCUGGGCCGAGGCACCACCGUCACUUUGGUCAUGAAGGAAGAGGCGUCAGACUUCUUGGAGUUGGAAACCAUCAAGCAGCUUGUCAAAAAAUAUUCCCAGUUCAUCAACUUCCCCAUCUACGUAUGGAGCAGCAAGACUGAGACGGUAGAAGAACCUAUUGAGGAGGAGGAUGCAGAGGCAGAGAAGAAGGAUGAAGAUGCCACAGAGGAGGAGGCUGAGGUGGAGGAAGAGGAUGAAGACAAGGACAAGCCAAAGACCAAGAAGGUGGAGAAGACUGUGUGGGACUGGGAGCUGAUGAACGACAUCAAACCGAUCUGGCAGCGGCCGGCCAAAGAGGUGGAGGAGGAUGAGUACAAGGCCUUCUACAAGACCUUCGCCAGGGACUCUGAUGAACCCCAGGCCCACAUCCACUUCACCGCAGAAGGUGAAGUCACCUUCAAGUCCAUCCUCUUCAUUCCAGCCUCCGCACCCAGAGGUCUGUUUGACGAAUACGGCACGAAGAAGAAUGACUUCAUCAAGCUAUUUGUUCGUAGAGUGUUCAUCACUGACGACUUCCAUGACAUGAUGCCAAAAUACCUGAACUUUGUCAAGGGUGUGGUCGACUCUGAUGACCUUCCUUUGAAUGUAUCAAGAGAAACUCUUCAGCAACACAAGCUGCUGAAGGUCAUCCGUAAGAAGCUGGUCCGUAAGACCCUGGACAUGAUCAAGAAGAUCGCUGAGGAGCACUACAACGACAAGUUCUGGAAGGAGUUCGGCACCAAUAUCAAGCUGGGCGUGAUCGAGGACCACUCCAACCGGACCCGUCUGGCCAAGCUGCUGCGCUUCCAGACCUCCCACGGUGAGACGGGCAUAACCAGCCUGGAGCAAUACGUGGAGCGCAUGAAGGAGAAGCAGGACAAGAUCUACUUCAUGGCUGGCACCAGCAGGAAGGAGGCCGAGGCCUCCCCCUUCGUAGAGAGGCUUCUGAAGAAGGGCUAUGAGGUGAUUUACCUGACGGAGCCUGUGGAUGAGUACUGCAUUCAGGCUCUGCCAGAGUUCGAUGGCAAGCGCUUCCAGAACGUAGCCAAGGAGGGGGUGAAGUUUGACGAGAGCGAGAAGGCCAAGGAGAAGAGGGAGGCCCUGGAGAAGGAAUUCGAACCCCUGACCACCUGGAUGAAGGAGAAGGCCCUGAAAGACAUGAUUGAGAAGGCUGUGCUGUCCCAGAGGUUGACCAAUUCCCCCUGCGCUCUGGUAGCCAGCCAGUACGGCUGGUCAGGAAACAUGGAGAGGAUCAUGAAGGCACAGGCCUACCAGACAGGAAAAGACGUCUCCACAAGUUAUUACGCAGGCCAGAAGAAGACCUUGGAGAUCAACCCGAAACAUCCUCUCAUCAAGGAGAUGCUGAAGAGAGUAAAUACUGACGCGGAGGACCAGACCGCUGGGGACCUGGCUGUCGUCCUGCUUGAGACGGCCACCCUGCGCUCCGGCUACCAGCUGUCCGACACCAAGGCUUACGGAGAACGGAUAGAGCGGAUGCUCCGACUCAGCAUGAACGUGGAUCUUGAGGAACAGGUGGAGGAGGAGCCCGAAGAAGAACCAGAGGAGCAGGCAGAGGAGGAAACGGAGGGUGAGGAGGAAAUUCAGGCAGAGGAAGACAAGGACGAGCGUGCCAGUACAAAAAUUGAACUGUGAAGGACAUGGAGAGAAGGGCUGGAGGGGAUGGGGCUUGAUGACUGAAUCGUGGGGAUGGAGUUUAGACUGGUGUCAUGGUGGACGGACCAUCUUGACCAUGGAUGUAUUAUAGUAGAACUGGAUACCGGAUCUAAAAAAUGGCGCCUGUUCAUUCCGAUGAGAAUUGCUUGCCUGGCACAUAUGCCGAAAAAGUUUCUGGCUUCCGGGUUACUUCCGGAUACAUGGGGCCCGCUGAAUAUGUGCAUUAGUGUUAUCCCAUCAUACCUCUAGGCUGUGAGAACGGCUCGUACACAGCCGUGCUGUCAUGUGGGGUUUUUUCAAUGCAAUACCGGGAGUGACCACUGGAAAAAAAUUGCUGCAAGGCUGAGCAGCGGCACCAUAUCAAAUCAAAGCAAUUUUAUUUGUAUAGCCCAAUAUUACAAAUUUGCCUCAGUGGGCUUAACAGCAACACAACAGCCUGUCUUUAGACCCUCUCAUCGGAUAAGCAACAACUCCCUAAAAAAAAAAAACCUUUAACAGGGAGAAAAAAUAGGAAGAAACCUCAGCGAGAGCAACAGAGGAGGGAUCUGUCCUAAGACGGACAACGUGCAAUGGAUGUUGUGUUCACGCAGUUUACAUAAAACAACAUUAAAAGAUAACAGAAUUAUAAUGGACAUAACAUGUAUGAAGAACAUGAUGCCAAGCAGUGUCUACAUGCCAACGGAGCAGUCCAGGACCCAAGCCACGCGACCAGCAUCAUCAUGUAAAAAAAAGAAAAA